GUAAAAUAAUGUUCUCCAACAAAAAUUUGCUUCAAAAUUCUCUCAUUUUGAUUACUGUAUUUUCUCUCAUUUUAAAAUUAAAUUGUCAAAAUGAAAUUAAUGAACAACCUCAAGUUUUGACAGAUACUGAAGAUUUCUAUGCAGUUGAUGAGAAAAGAGUCCCUCAUCCAGGAAGCACUUGGCGUCAACAAGGACGAAUAAGAAGUUUCUACUCCCCAACAAUACCAGAUUUCAACACUCCAUAUAGUCGCUUCACAAAAUAUGGGGCACAUAGGCCUAUGUUUAUCAGAUACAUGCGCAGCUUUUCGGCAUAAACA